AUGGCUGGCCGCCUCAUCUUGGGCACUCUCGCUGUCUUUGCCUCUUUGUCGGACCGUGCUGGUGCCGAGAGCCCUCGCCGACUCUUCUACCCCCGUGCUGGUUCUCGCCGCCUGGCUUCUGCCAGUCGUUGCAGCGGGACGUUCGAGUGCAGUGGCUUCUUUGAUGGGAAUCAGUCGGUAUCCAAGUGCCUUUAUGGGCACAAGGAAGAGAAUGGCAAUUGUGAUACUCCGUGCACUGGUGUAAGGUACGCUAUGUGCACUUGCAUGGACGAGGACGCCGUUAUUGAAGCGGCUAGGGAGAUCGCGCUACAGGCCAUCGGCAUAUCAGCUGCAUUCGCGCUUAUUUGUGGAGUGUUGCGUUACAGAUCAGGAAAGAAAAGGUCGGCAGCGAGACAGAUGGGAAACGAACCUGCAGAAAGUGAACAAGCUUCCGCGAUGGGUCUGCCGUGUGUACCAGGUGCUGAUGUCAUUGGCGGUAACAACGAGUUCGAGCGUGUCGCGGACCCUUGCUUCACGGACGAAAACUUUGACGAGGUGAAGUUCCGGCUCGAAGGUACGGACGUCAACAUGUACGUGAAUGGCAUCGUCGAGAUCAGAGGUUUGACAGGUCCAUCCGACAUCGCAAUAGACACGAUGAGCCGUACAUAUCGCGUUCAAGCCAAAACGGGGAUCUUCAGACAGCAGGACCGGGAUCUGUCGGAGCUGCAAAAGCAGGUGGACCGCCUCUUCUCCGCCCACGCCGCGGCCCUUACCGCACCCCAUGCUGGCCAAGGAUUCUCUU